CGGAAGUAAACAGUAACUAAGAACAAUUUCCACGUUAGCGUUUUUUGUUGUUAUUUAGACGUUUAUUAACACCCUGGAACUCAAACUAUGGCUCAUUUAACUGCACAGCAUCACAUACUUACCCCAUGUAGUCUUUAAUCCGCGUUGGAAACAGGACUUGGUUAAUAUAGGUUAGCUAUCUAGGUAACGCUACCUAGCUGCUAAGUUAGUUAACAAUGGCUGCUAACUGUAUGGUUUUUCACACUCAAAUAGCCUCCAUUAUGGAGGUGUUAGCGAAUGCCGCCGUGGCAGAUGUCUGUAAACUCGUAGACGACGACUAUGCAGUCUUUCGUUUGGAAAUAACUCAAAGCCAGAAAGAAAAUAGUGCAUUGCGGAGGAAACUACAGCUACUUGAACUGAAAUUGUCACGGGAGCGCGCAGAGAGGACAAUGCGAGAUCGCGUCCUCGCCAGUCGUCCCAGAAGUGUCAAGAUCCUCGACCGAUACAGAGGAAUGGCAAGAGGUGAAGGAGAUCUCACUGGAGGCCACAGGAGCUUUGUGAAGCCAGCUGGACACAUUACAUGGAGAGAUGACCAACCAAUCACUGUUGAUGAGGGGAGUGGAACCUCAACCCAGCACGUUAUUGUGAUAGAGGAUGCAGAGGCUGCAGGUCCUGGGGUCAAGCUUGAGAGGUCUGAAGGAGAGGAGGACCCACAGCACAGCAGAGACAUCCAGACUGCAGCAGCUGGAGCUUCCCUUGAAGCCAUGGAGGACCUCGCCGCCGCGCCCCAGUCCAGGAUCCAACGCAGCAUCACGGAGGUCAGUGGAAUGCCAAACGCCGUCCUCGAGUCAGAGACAGACACUGAGACUUUAAUUGUAACACACAGCCUCUUACACACAGGAUUUGAUCAAAGAUCAGACCCAGAGAGACUGAGGCUGGGGAAACUGGGCUGUCCUCAUGCUCCUGGCUCAGAGUAUUUACCAGUAUUUCACCAGAGCCAGAGGAUGGUUUAUUCCCGUGGGGAUGGUGACGCGUUACACUCUGGCGGUGAUGAUCCGUCUUGUUCUUACGCUACAGAGAUGGACCCUGGCAACAUAUCCUUGGGUUUAGAGACACAGAUCGAUCUGCCUAGAGGGGACUGGAACCAGUACAGUAGUAGUGUAUACUCUGAAGUGUGCCUAGACGAGAAAGGGGAGGGUCUGGUCGUAGAUGAGGUGACUCUGAAAGUGGAGGGUGACUCUCCUCUGACAUGGAAUGCAGAUGAGACUCACUUAGGAAAAGGACACUCGCAGGACAACACCAGUGACUUCUUAGACUACAGGGAAAACUUAGAGACAAAUCUAAAUUCCCGACCCACUCACCUUUACACACGUUCAAGGAUUGCGACCCAGUGUCCACGUCGAUGGGGCCUUCCGAUUCACACGGCCGCGUCCUUUUCAAUCAGGUAUUGAACUCAAACGACAGGACUAGAGCCCAGGCUCAGGGAGGGGGAGCCACAUCAGGCAAUAGUAAAGAGAAACGGUUCCUCUGCAUGUUCUGUAACAAAGGCUUCAGCUGCCCCCAGAAGGUGGAGAUCCACCAGAGGGUCCACACAGGGGUGAAAUCCUUCAGCUGUACCCAGUGUCACAUGCACUUCGCUCAGGCUGGUGACCUGAAGCGGCAUCAGAGGGUCCACACAGGAGAGAGGCCAUUUGCCUGUAUGCACUGCGAGAAGAGGUUCUCAGAGAGGAGCUACCUCAGGAUACACCAGCAGAAAAAACAUUCCACUCUAUAACAUAAAGUCACCAUUCCACUCGAUAGCUUCUGACAUUUAGAUCAAACCCUGCAUUAAAGGUAGACUCAACGAGAUUACAUAAAUGCACAAAGUAAACCGCAGGAGUGGGUCAAUUUCUACAACAACUAAGAGCGUUGUAGUGCAAGGCCCAGACAUUGAGGGAUACAGCUCCUUUAGAAAGUAUUCACACCCUUUGACUUUUUCCACAUUUUGUUGUGUUACAGCCUGAAUUUUAAAAUGGAUUAAAUUGAGAUUUUGUGUCACUGGCCUACACACAAUACACCAUAAUGUCAAAGUGGAAUUAUGUUUAAUUUCUUUUUACAAAUGAAUAAAAAAUGAAAAGCUGAAA